AUGGCGGCGUCCGCAGUGUGCCGGGGAGCGAGCGCCGGGGCCCGGUUGCUGCUGCACUCCCGGGGUUCGCCGGCCCUGCUGAGGUCCCCUGCCCUGCGGGGCGCGGCCACUUUCGCCCAAGCCCUCCAGAACGUGCCUGAGACGCAGGUCAGCCAGCUGGACAACGGACUGCGGGUGGCCUCGGAGCAGUCCACCCAGCCUACCUGCACGGUGGGAGUGUGGAUUGAUGCUGGCAGCCGUUACGAGACUGAAAAAAACAAUGGCGCAGGCUACUUUUUGGAGCAUCUGGCUUUCAAGAUCCCCGCAACUGUGGAAAUUCUGGCAGACAUCGUGCAAAACUGUAGCCUGGAAGACUCACAGAUUGAGAAGGAGCGUGAUGUGAUCCUACGUGAGCUGCAGGAGAAUGAUGCUUCCCUGCGGGAUGUGGUCUUUGACUAUCUGCAUGCCACAGCGUUCCAGGGCACCCCCCUGGCCCAGCCUGUGGAGGGGCCCAGUGAGAACGCCAGGAAGCUGUCACGUGCAGACUUGACGGAAUACCUCAGCAGACAUUACAAGGCCCCACGAAUGGUGCUUGCAGCAGCUGGAGGAGUGGAACACCGUCAGCUCCUCGACCUCGCCCAGAAGCACUUCAGUACCGUCUCUCAUACGUACCCAGGGGAUGCUGUGCCCACCAUCCAGUCGUGCCGCUUCACCGGCAGUGAGAUCCGCCAUCGCGAUGAUGCCCUUCCCCUGGCCCAUGUGGCCAUUGCAGUGGAGGGGCCUGGCUGGGCAAACCCGGAUAACGUGGCCCUCCAAGUGGCCAAUGCCAUUAUUGGCCACUAUGACUGCACCUACGGUGGUGGCAAGAACCUGUCCAGCCCUCUGGCUGCCGUUGCUGUGACCAACAAGCUGUGCCAGAGUUUCCAGGCCUUCAACAUCUGCUAUGCGGAAACAGGGCUCCUGGGGGCGCACUUUGUCUGUGACCACAUGAGCAUUGAUGACAUGAUGUUCUUCCUGCAAGGCCAGUGGAUGCGCCUGUGUACCAGUGCCACAGAAAGCGAAGUGGUCCGGGGCAAGAACAUCCUCAGGAACGCCCUAGUGUCUCAUCUGGAUGGUACUACUCCUGUGUGUGAGGACAUUGGCCGAAGCCUCCUGACUUAUGGCCGCCGCAUUCCCCUGGCUGAAUGGGAGAGCCGGCUUUCGGAGGUGGAUGCCAGUGUAGUGCGUGAGGUCUGCUCCAAGUACUUCUAUGACCAGUGUCCAGCAGUGGCUGGAAUAGGCCCCAUCGAGCAACUCCCAGACUACAACCGGAUCCGUAGCGGCAUGUUCUGGCUGCGCUUCUAG